CAUCAAACUCCUGAGCUCAAGCGAUCCUUCCCCUUCAGCCUCCCAAAGCAUUGAGAUUAUAGGCGUGAGCCACUGUGCCCGGCCCUGCCUGGGUUUUUAGAUGUUAGCGAGGAAAGCAAGUGAUAAAUAAGUGAGCCAUUUGCUAGCCAGCCAGAGUGCCUUGCCAGCCCUGAUCCAGGUAUUUUUCAAACUCAACUCACUGGAGAAAAAAGGUAAAGGAGAGGGCCCUUGGUGGGCUCUGGCUCCCUCCCCAGCUUUAACCAGAGCAGCUCUGCUGUGAUGUGUGUAUGUAUUGGGAUUCUACUGCUGGGAUGGGGACAGGAGCUCCUUCUCUGGAAACAGACAGCUGAUUGUCUCUUCUCCCUGGCCUUCAGGCUGUGGGCACUGCAUAGCAUCAUGGGCUUAAAGGAGGCCAUCCAGGUGUUCUAUUUAUGCAGUCAUUGGGGAAAUGGUCAAAAAGCAAACUGAAGAUGGCUGUCUGAUCACCGGAACCAAGCCACAGCUGAGGCUUGAAAAAAAUCUGGAAAGUUCCUGACAAGGAGAUGGCAGCAGGUCCAGAGGACCUGCUAGGUCCUCUAGGUCUUGGGUCCAGAGGACCCAAGCAAGGGGAACACACAGGGCACAGCUCAGAGUCAAAAUGCUGAGUGUCUGCUUGUCAGACGUUGAUAUCACAUACAUGUGUAAUAGCCAUCUAAAGGUAAGACAGAGAGAGACAAGGGAGUCUGAGAUCUGGGACAAAGGAGGUCUUGGACUCUGCUCUGCCUGGAUUUCUGGUGGGCUGAAUGAAAUCUGGUUGGUGGGUUGGUGUGGGCUUAGGUGUGGUUAGAGGCUAUGUCUCAGGACUGACUUUGCCUUUGACUUAAAGGACCAGACACUGAGGACCCAGGUCCUCAUAGCUCAUCAAAUCUUAAGGGUGGAAGGGAUAUCAGAAUCACCCAAGCCUUAUCACUACUUGAAUCCUCCUGAUAACACAGUCAGAAAGUGGACACUUGCCCCUGCUCAGCCACUCCCUAUGAGUGGCCGUAGUUGGCAGCCAGGAGCCAGAGGCCACAAUGAGACUGUGAACAGACUUAGCGCUCCUCUCAAGCAGGUGCCUUGUUGUCCUAUGAAGACUGGCUACUGCUGCCUUACACCUAAUGACCUUUGGAAUUGGAAAACUCUUCUCUCCAUGAAAUGAUGUGCUAGGUGUGGGCCGGACCCCACCCGACCCUGACAAGUGACCAUGGAUCCUGGAGCCGGGUCAGAGACAUCUCUGACUGUCAAUGAGCAGGUCAUCGUGAUGUCAGGUCAUGAGACUAUCCGAGUGCUGGAAGUCGGAGUGGAUGCCCAGCUCCCUGCUGAGGAAGAGAGCAAAGGACUGGAGGGUGUGGCCGCCGAGGGCUCCCAGAGCGGAGACCCUGCUGAAGCCAGUCAAGCUGCUGGUAAAGCUGGGCCAGACAACCUGGGCUCCUCUGCAGAAGCAACUGUGAGGUCACCCCCGGGGAUCCCUCCGAGCCCUGCCCCUGCCAUUGCCACCUUCAGCCAAGCCCCAAGCCAGCCUCAGGCAUCGCAGACCCUGACGCCACUGGCUGUACAAGCUGCCCCCCAGGUCUUGACUCAGGAAAACUUAGCCACAGUUCUGACAGGAGUUAUGGUUCCAGCAGGGGCAGUUACUCAACCUCUUCUUAUCCCCAUCAGUAUUGCAGGUCAAGUGGCUGGUCAGCAGGGGCUGGCCGUGUGGACAAUUCCUACAGCAACCGUGGCUGCCCUCCCAGGACUGACCGCUGCUUCUCCUACGGGGGGAAUUUUCAAGCCACCUUUAGCCGGUCUCCAAGCAGCUGCUGUGCUGAACACCGCUCUUCCGGCACCCGUACAAGCUGCCGCACCAGUACAGGCCUCCUCGACAGCCCAACCCCGGCCACCAGUCCAGCCCCAGACGCUGUUCCAGACCCAGCCGCUGCUGCAGACCACGCCUGCCAUCCUCCCGCAACCCACUGCUGCCACCGCUGCUGCCCCUACCCCCAAGCCAGUGGACACCCCCCCACAGAUCACCGUCCAGCCUGCAGGCUUCGCAUUUAGCCCAGGAAUCAUCAGUGCUGCUUCCCUUGGGGGACAGACCCAGAUCCUGGGGUCCCUCACUACAGCUCCGGUCAUUACCAGCGCCAUUCCCAGCAUGCCGGGGAUCAGCAGUCAGAUCCUCACCAAUGCUCAGGGACAGAUUAUUGGAACCCUUCCAUGGGUAGUGAACUCAGCUAGUGUGGCGGCCCCAGCACCAGCCCAAAGCCUGCAGGUCCAGGCCGUGACCCCCCAACUGUUGUUGAACGCCCAGGGCCAGGUGAUUGCGACCCUGGCCAGCAGCCCCCUGCCUCCACCUGUGGCUGUCCGGAAGCCAAGCACACCUGAGUCCCCUGCUAAGAGUGAGGUGCAGCCCAUCCAGCCCACACCAACCGUGCCCCAGCCUGCUGUGGUCAUCGCCAGCCCAGCUCCAGCAGCCAAGCCAUCUGCCUCUGCUCCUAUCCCAAUUACCUGCUCAGAGACCCCCACCGUCAGCCAGUUGGUGUCCAAGCCACAUACUCCAAGUCUGGAUGAGGAUGGUAUCAACUUAGAAGAGAUCCGGGAGUUUGCCAAGAACUUUAAGAUCCGGCGGCUCUCCCUGGGCCUUACACAGACCCAGGUGGGUCAGGCUCUGACUGCAACGGAAGGUCCAGCCUACAGCCAGUCAGCCAUUUGCCGGUUCGAGAAGCUGGACAUCACACCCAAGAGUGCCCAGAAGCUGAAGCCGGUGCUGGAAAAGUGGCUGAAUGAAGCUGAGCUGAGGAACCAGGAAGGCCAGCAGAACCUGAUGGAGUUUGUGGGAGGCGAGCCCUCCAAGAAACGCAAACGCCGCACCUCCUUCACCCCCCAGGCCAUAGAGGCUCUCAAUGCCUAUUUUGAGAAGAAUCCACUGCCCACAGGCCAGGAGAUCACUGAAAUUGCUAAGGAGCUCAACUAUGACCGUGAGGUCGUGCGGGUCUGGUUCUGCAAUCGGCGCCAGACGCUCAAGAACACCAGCAAGCUGAAUGUCUUUCAGAUCCCUUAGGGCUCAGCCCCUGGCCCUGUGUUCUAGCACUUUGUCCGUUUCCCUUGGCACCCGGCUGCAGCCACUGCCAUGACAGCACCUGUCAUUUUGCCACGUGCAGCUGUGCUCACCCCAGGUCAUGAGACUCCACCGUGUGCAUGUGCAUCAAUGUCCCUCUUCUCCCACACAUCUCACAACAUGGGGAGGCCAGAGGGGGUCACAUGAGAGCUCCAGGCUCUGGGCUGGUCGCUCUGAAGAAGAAGAUUUGUGAUGUCACUUAGAGAAGCACCUUGCUAGCAUGGUUUCUGAAGGGUGAAUUCUGGCGGGGAACCAGAAACUCCCUGUCUUUGGGGCAGGGCUGUAGCAGCUCCUAAGGACCACUGGCCAUUAGCACUUGCUUUUGAUGGCGUUCUCUUUCCACCUUCUCUUCUCCUUUGCUCCUCUGUGUUAGUGUGGCAGGUAUGACAACUCAUCCAGUGGAACCACAGCCUCACACUGCCCUUCUGCCUCCACACUGCCUGCAGGCGCACCGAAAGGACCCAGGAGAUAAAAUUCAAAAAAGUGUGAUGUGCUGCUCAGAAGGUCAGACUCAAAUGUCUGCCCUGACCUCAAGGUCAGAAGGUUCUCAAACCCCUGGGGCUGGAACAUGGGAUCUCCUCUCCCACCUCUUCCUGGUUCCUUUGUGGGGAAAAUUGCACUAAAACAGAACCUUUUCUUAAUCCACGUUGGACGGAAGCAACAGUGAACUCUACCUGUCGUGGAGUUGUCCUGGGUCUGCAGAAGAGUGGGAAUUUAGAAAAUAAGGCCGUUCUUUCAGAUUUUAUUCUAAUCUUUGUCAAUGGCCAUCCCUCCCACAAAAAAAUGUGGGUUAAGAAAACGUGCAGACUGGAAAAUCCCACUGCCCAAACAAACGGGCAACUCUGGAGAAAAAUAAGGAAAGGAAUGCUGACUUUCUCUUUCUUUCUCUUGUCCCCACACCCAUUCCCAACCCAAUACUGGGGCUUUCUUAAAAGGAGCAAAUUAAACAAUAAACCAGACAGCAAGGCCGUGGGGGAAGGACAACAUCCUGAAAUAAAUGAUGGAGCCCGGGAAGGCCUCUUGUGGAAGCUGACUUAACUCUAAUUUUCUUUGUAACUUUAAGCCUUGGAUACUGGAGGAGAAACCUCAUUUUGUCGAGUCUCAGACCAUGUCUAUGUGUAAGCAAUCCCCCCAGUGUCCUCUGAGCCAAGAACACCCCCAGAUCAGGUUGGGUUUUGCCUCUAGACAGGGUAGCUGUGGUACCUUGGGGGUUAGCUCUCAUCCAAGCUGUUAAGUGAGUUUCCAGCCUCACUGUGGCUGGAAAGCCCCUAAAAUUCAGUAUGUAACUCCAGGAAGUCAGGAGAGAAUAGAGAUUUGCCUAGAUGACCACAGGCUUGUGGUGUAGACAGUCCCUAAAGGGCCUCAAGUCACAGGGGUCAACCACCCCUCUCUUCAGUACUCUUAUACUUACAGAGGCUGGUCUCCAACAGCUGCCUCCACUGGACCUCCCAUGAUCCACCCUGAGGGAGUGACCAUCAGGCGGAGACACAUCACCACCUCUGUCAGUCACUGGUGCAGAGCCACCUCCUAGCCUAGCUGCUUCUGGUAUGCUGUUUCCUUUCCCACUUACUGUUGGUCCCUCCCAGGCCCUGCAGUGCCAGCGUGACCACCCUCUUGGUAGCCUGGCCAGUGAGAGGAGGACAGUUGUGUGCUAAAUUAGCACACGCAUGUGCAGCAUGCGCACGUGCACACACACACACACACACACACAUACACACACACACACCCUGCUGCAUUUGGACAAACCAUGCCUGCCAGAUUGUAGCAGAGGUGAGGAAGCAGGUGGGCAGCUUGCCUGACCCAGCUUCCCAGAAGAGCAUGUCUUCAACAGAGAGGCUCCACACUCUAGUUCAGGGUUAUUGACCUGCCUCAGUGAGAUGACAGACUCAUUUGGGAGGGGUGUUGCAAACAAGUUUUCCGUGAGAAUAGUUAAGUUCCAGAGCUUGUAAAGGAUUCAGUGACUUACACUUAGUAAAUUAGGCCAGGUACGGUGGCUCAUGCCUGUAAUUCCAACACUUUGGGAGGCUGAGGUGGGCAGAUCAUUUGAGGUCGGGAGUUUGAGACCAGCCUGACCAACAUGGUGAAACCCUGUCUCUACUAAAAAUACAAAAAUUAGCCAGGUGUAGUGGCACCUGCCUGUAAUCCCAGCUACUUGGGAGGCUGAGGCAGGAGAAUUGCUUGAACCUGGGAGGUUGCAAUGAGCUGAGAUCACAUUGCUUCACUCCAGCCUGGGUGACAGAGCAAGACUCUGUCUCAAACAAACAAAACAACGUAUAGUGAUGCAGGUUUUCAUGCUCAGACGCUUGCAUUCAGGUAUGCUUUCUUUUUUGAGAGAGACAAAUGGGUUACAGCUGGCACCCUGGGAAUAGCACAUAAUCCAGGGUGUGUCUGUGGUGGUGGACGUGCAGGAGGACACCAUCUGUCCUGUGUCAUGAUGGGAAAACAAUCAUGAACCACUGGUCUAAAUUAGGCCUGGCCAUGCUUUCUCAGCCCCUCCCUCAUUUAAAUCUGUCUUCCCAAGGCUGAGCUAGCACUAAACCAUUUCUCCUCUGCUGGUCAUUCAGAGGAACAAAACCAGGGGUGAGAGGUUUGCAGGCUGAAUUCCCCAGGCAUGGGGAUGCAGGGUGUCCCUGAAGUGUGCCCAAAGCAGAGCUCACUGGCCUAUGAUCUCUGCCCUUGCUCCCGCAGUGUAAGACCCCCCAGGAAGCAACUGGGGCCUGAACCUCUCACCUAGGAGGUGGGUUUAUUUUAUUUUUUGCUAGCAACAGGCUCUGAAAGGAGACGGUAUACAUUUCGUUUUGAAAACAUCUUCUGGACUGAAGCCAGAGUUUAGUGUCGUCUUUACUAUGGAAAGAGAGAAGAAUGGACAGAAAUGGUUUAACUGUGUGGGGUUUUGUUUGUUUUGUGUUAAAUGGAAGAAAGACCAAAACUUUCCUGGUGAAUCAGCUAGGGCCUUUGACCCUGCACUAACCAUGGCAUUUUAUCCAGGUGAAGUCCAGGGAAAGAACUCAGCCAAAUGGACUAAGGAACACACGAGUUUGGAAUUCGAAACCUUGACAUUUUUGUGUUCUUGGAAAUCCAGUUACCUUCCCAUGCCCAGAUUUCCUUCCUGCCUCAUGGACCAGGCUCUGACACUGAGGUCCUCACUGUUCCCAACACAGGCGAAGCUUCCUGAGGGCUGGAGCGGGGAAGGGGAGAGGAGAAUGGGGAAGAAGCACUUGAUGUAGUUGUGUGGAAUAAACAGUAUUUUUUUCUUUUGUA